GUGCCGUGCAGGAUGGCCCAGAAGUACUACGAGUAUGUCAACUACAAGGAGGAGCAGGAGAGGGUGCGGGCACCGCGGGACGCUUGCAACGCCUACAUCAUCAUCUUCCAGACCAUCUUCUACUCCUGCUUCCACUUGAGCUUCGUCUGCGCUCAGAUGCCCAUGGUCUUCUUCCUCAACAACUACCUGUACCAGCUCAACCACACGCUGUUCGCAGUGAAGCACUGCGGGACACUGAGCCACGGCACGCUGCCCGGCUUCAACAAGACAGUGCUGCAGAGCCUGCCCCGCAGCGUCAACCUCAUUGUCGUGGAGAGCGCGUUGAUGGCUGCCGCCUUCCUCGCCAUGCUGGUGGUGCUGGUGCUGUGCGGCGCCGCGUACCGGCCCAUGGAGGAGAUCGACAUGCGCAGCAUCGGCUGGGGGAACAUCUUCCAGCUGCCCUUCAAGCACAUGCGGGACUAUCGCCUGCAGCACCUCCUGCCGCUGUUCAUCUACAGCGGCUUCGAGGUGCUCUUUGUCUGCACCGGAUUCUCCCUGAACUACGGCGUGUGCACCCUGGGGCUGGAGAAGCUGGCGUAUCUCCUCAUGGCCUACGGCUUCUCUGCCUCGGCGUGCUCCAGCCUGGCCCUGAGCAUGCUGCGCCUGCGCCGGCAAAUCCCGCUCCUGGCUGGGGCCGUCAUCCACGCCGCACUACUGGUGCUGCUCUUCUGCUGGGCGCCGGAGCCCCGGCAGCAGGCACAGGCACCGCUGCUCUACAUCGUCGCCGCGCUCUGGGGCACGGGCAGCACCCUCAACAAGACCGGAAUCAGCAUCCUCCUGGGAAUGCUGUACAAGAACAAGGAGCGCCAAGACUUCAUCUUCACCAUCUACCACUGGUGGCAGGCCCUGGCCAUCUUCGCCGUCUACCUCUCGUCCGGGCUGCCCAUGAAGGCCAAGCUGUCCAUGCUGCUGCUGACGCUGGUGGUGGCGGUGGGGACGUACCUGUGGAUGGAGCGGAAGCUGGCGCGGCGCGUGGAAUACCGGCUGCCCCGCCUGCCGCGCCCACGCCACAAGCCCUGCGGGUACCGCUACCUGGAGGAGGACAACUCGGACGAGACCGGCUCCGAGGACGGCGGGGACCAGCAGGACGGCAGGGAGAGCCCGGCAGGGGCUGCCCGCGGGGACGAGCAGCCCAGAGAGGAUGGGGAGCAGCUGGGAUAGGGACAGCCCGGCCCCG